UCACAGGUGAGAAUCUGUAACGGUGAAGAUAUAGAACACCAGGUAAAGAUACAGGUAUAUAAACACAAGACUAUUUUGCUAUUCACUGUCAGAGAGUUCAUAUAUCAGCUAUGGCGACAGCGAAGGCUUUUUCUGCAGAGACAAAUUUCCCCGCCUUGGAGGCUGGCAAACUACGGGUUUACAGCAUGAGGUUUUGUCCAUACGCACAACGCUCACUCCUAGUGCUGGCUCACAAAAAUAUACCACACGAAGUCGUCAAUGUUAACCUGAAAAAUAAACCAGACUGGUUCCUUCAGCGGAACCCUUUUGGCAAGGUUCCCGUUCUUGAGCAAGACGACAAAAUAGUGUACGAGUCCCUCAUCUGCAGUGACUACCUGGACCAGACUUAUCCCGGGAACAAACUGACCCCUGACGACCCUUAUCGCCUGGCUCAAGAUAAAAUACUCGUGGAACAUUUCGACAAGCUGACGGUGGAUUUCUACAAAGCCCGGCAAUCGCAACCAUCUGAAAUACCAGCUGCUAUAGAAAAGGUUCGCCAACAGUUAGCGAGAUUUGACGCUGAAAUUAAGAGAAGGGGAGACUACUUAGGAGGUGACAAAGUACAAAUGAUUGACUUCAUGAUUUGGCCCUGGUUUGAGCGGUUCCUUCUGGUAGAGAAAAUGUUUUCCCAAAUGAUCGUAUCGCAUGAGUCUUUGCCAAAUUUACAUGAAUGGACGAAGAGAAUGUUGGAUUGUCCAGCCGUUAAAAAAUGCAUGCUGCCUAUGGAACAACAUGCGGAAUUCUUGAAAAGUUCCAAAAUGGGUGCUCCAAAUUAUGACGUAGGUUUGGAGGAAUGAAAUAGGCUGAUUAUUUCGAACUUAAUAACUUUGAUAAAACAAAUGCUUUGUUAUAUACAAGUUAAAUGUUGUAUCCAUUUUUAACAAUGAAUUUUCAUACUUAUUUCUGAUGACCAUGGCAUAUGUUGAAUAAAACAAUUUACUAAACCCUA